AUGUUUCCUCACAAACAACAACAAGCUAUCAAGUUUGUCAUUCGAUCAAAGCUCUCUGAAGAGCAAGUAGUUGCACCCAAACCUACAGCCGAAAAGGUCGAAUCUGCAUCUAAACUUUCUACUGAAUCGGCUCUUCGUUUGGAAGAAGAAUUUGAACGGAAGCGAAAGAGAGCCGAAAAAGAUACACUAGUAUCAUCCAAAAAGAUCCACACCCAACUUCAGAAAUGGAAUCAAAAGAAAGCUGAACUCAAAGACCCUUUGGAAGACAAAAAUUCGGCUGAAAUAGAAACCAAAUCUAAACUUUCGGAACCAUCAACAAAGGAAUCAAAAGAUUCCAAGGAAGAAACAGAGACAAAACAAAAAAAGGCCGAAAAAGAAGCUGACGAAGAAGAUGAUGCAGCAACAGAAAAUAAAUCAGAAAAAGACGACGAUUUUUCGGAUAGAGUCAUGAAUGCAUGUCUGCUGUGUCAGCGUAAAUUCAAGUCUGGUCAGGAUUUAGAGAAGCAUCAAGAGCUUUCUGAACUUCACAAAAAGAAUCUCCAGGACCCAGUUGUCAUAGAAAAAGCCCGGAUGAAGAAACGAUUUGUGAAAUCUGAAGCCGAAAAGGCAGAAGAACGAGCUGUAGAGCAAAGUGUGGGGGAGAGGGUUCGAGUGCUAGUUCUAGUGUUGGCGUUUAGUAUCGGUGCUACUAUUAGUGUUACCGCUACUAUUAGUAUUAGUGCUAGUAUUAGUGAAAGAAAGAAAAGAAAAGAUAUUCUUUAUCUAGGAUACUCCAAACUCAAAUCUCUCCAGCAACAUUACCGUAAUCGAGCUGCAGAGCGCAGGCAAGCUUAUGGUCAGCCAGAAAAGCCAUCUCUUUCAGACUCUAUUCACCGUCCUCCACCGCGACUCAGACCCGAUGAGAGACCUACUCAAAGUGCUUCUGUAAAAAAAGCUUUAGGAGAUGAUAAUGUAGGCGCACGUAUGUUGAAGCUAAUGGGAUGGCGACGUGGAGAAGGACUUGGAAAGGAUGGCUCUGGUAUUGUUGAUCCUAUAAACGCAGAGAGAUAUUCUCAGGGAGCAGGACUUGGUACUGCAUAUGCAAAGAGAGACGCUUCAGAUGGAUCUGAUUCUUACAAAGACAGGGUCAAAGAGAUGGCAAGAAGACGCUUUGAAGAGGGACCUUGA